CACGCGGUCUCAGUUAAAAUCACCAUUGAAAGGGUCCCGUACAGUGUGUGGCUGGUUCUGAAUUACUAUUCAAAAGGUAACGCGUAUCAUACAUGUGGCGUAACACAUUCAUCACGUGAAUAGUAUGAUAAUUCCCUCCUUUUAAUGGAGGGUUUGUUGUCUAAUCCUGUGUCGAGACUGCUUUUCACUUCCUCACCACCGAUAUAAUGGAUGCAGCUCGCGUCGUGCAAUUACUCGGUACUCUCUUGGCUGGGCCUGCGCGAGCAGAGUGGGGAGAGGGAGGGAGCGAAUAGCGGCGGCAGCAAGCCUCCAGCCCCGUAAUCGAGAAAGAAACGCGAAUUUACGCAAGAACGAAGUGCUGUAAUUUGCUCAGUUGGUGGGCUACAUCGGCUAAACUAAGUCCACCAGAGGUUCAGGCGACAGAAGGGGCCGUUUGUGGUGGCAACCUUAAGACAUUUGGGAACUCCGUAGGAGCAAAACAACAGCACAUUACAGGAUUGCACACACAGGCAGUGACAAUAAAACAAUACUUACCGACAAGUAGACUGGUGGCUGCCGAGGGAGCAGGCAGGACUAGGGAAAAAAAGGAAUUAAAUACGUCAUCUGCCUCUCCCUUCAGGUAUUUAAACGUUAUUUUCAAAACCGCAAUUCUAGUAGAACUUUAAACUCAUGAAAACUCGUGUCUUCAUAGCUAGCUACUGUAGCUAACUAGCUUUGGCUAGAGUUUAGCUUACGAGUUUGCGUUAUUAGCUAACCACUAGCUAGCGCUAGCUGGCCUCCGUUAAUGUGUUGUUUUCCAAUAAACUUUUGGUGUUGUUUUUACCAACCCAAACAGUGAGGGGGUGCUGCAAGACUAGAGGGGAAGGGCAGGUUCCCUUCUCGACUUAUUCCCCUCUACGUAUUUUCCGAAAAUGAUGGCUGCGGAGGUCAGUAGCGAGGAUACGGGCUCUGUCUCGGCAGGGAAAGGGGUGGCGGGCGGUGGAGGCCUAGAGACGGCCCAUUUUCCGUUUUAUCCCAACCCGACCAGAGUGCGGGUCACUGAUUUGGGCCAGGGAGCUGCAACAAACCUCCGCCACCCGUUGAACACCUCCCCAGACUCCCCCCCUGAUAUAAGUAUGAUUUACCCCGUGUCUGGAGGAGAUACUGCCGGACCUGCCUUGUCCGCUACAGGGAGUGGCGGACAUGCAAUUAUUAUAGGAACAAGUUCAGGGACCAUUGGCAGUGUGUGCUACUCCCCCACCUCGGAGGGACCCGGCAUCCGGAUGUCACCCACCUCGGUGGGUCCCGACGGGUCAAGUGUCUUCCCCCCUCUGCCACCACCUCCACCACCGCCCCCAGGCUACGGGGGACUCGGAACUGUGGAUGAAAGCGACAUGCAGGAUGGACCUGAAUACGAGGAAGAGGAGGUGGUCUUCCCCCUCUCAGCACCGCCCACGAACCAGUGGUACCAUGGGAAGCUGGACCGGACCAUUGCUGAGGAGCGGUUGCGGCAGGCCAGGACACCCGGCAGCUACCUCAUCAGGGAGAGUGACCGCCGGCCCGGCUCCUUUGUCCUGUCCUUUCUCAGCAUGACCAGUGUGGUCAACCACUUCAGGAUAAUCGCCAUGUGUGGAGAUUAUUACAUAGGCGGGCGGCGGUUCUCGUCCCUGUCGGACCUGAUUGGUUAUUACAGCUUCGUGUCUUGCCUGCUGAAAGGUGAAAAGCUGCUAUCGCCCGUGGCACCCCCAGAACCUGUGGAGGACAGGAGGAGAGUGAGAGCCAUUCUUCCAUACACCAAAGUGCCAGAGACCGAUGAGAUCAGCUUCCUGAAAGGGGACAUGUUUAUCGUUCACAAUGAACUGGAUGACGGCUGGAUGUGGGUGACCAACGUGAGGACGGAGGAGCAGGGCCUCAUUGUGGAGGACCUGGUGGAGGAGGUGGGACGGGAGGAGGACCCACACGAGGGCAAAGUUUGGUAUCACGGCAAGAUCAGCAAACAAGAGGCCUACAACUUGCUGAUGACAGUUGGCCAAGUGUCCAGCUUCCUGGUCCGGCCGUCAGACAACACACCCGGGGACUACUCCCUGUUUUUUCGCACCAAUGAGAACAUCCAAAGGUUUAAGAUAUGCCCCACGCCCAACAAUCAGUACAUGAUGGGGGGGAGAUACUACAACAGUGUUGAUGACAUUAUUGAGCAUUAUAAGAAAGAGCAGAUCGUGGAGGGCUACAACCUGAAAGAUGCUGUUUCAGUACAGCAACAGGAACAAGUGCUUUCAGAUUUGGUGGACGGCAAGGAGAUCUAUAACACUAUCAGACGGAAAACGAAAGACGCCUUCUACAAAAACAUUGUCAAGAAAGGCUACCUCCUAUUCAACAAAGGCAAAGGCAAGCGGUGGAAGAACCUCUACUUCAUCUUGGAGGGGAACGACGCCCAGCUCAUCUACUUUGAGAGUGAGAAGAGGGCCACUAAACCCAAAGGCCUGAUUGACCUGAGCGUGUGCUCGGUGUAUGGCGUGCACGACAGUCUGUUUGGCAGGCCAAACUGUUUCCAAGUUGUGAUCCAGCACUUUAGUGAGGAACAGUACAUAUUCUACUUUGCUGGCGAGACCCCUGAACAGGCACAGGACUGGAUGAAAUGUCUGCAGACGUUCUGCAGUAACCUUAGGAAACCCACCCAGCCCACUCCCAACAAGAGGCUCCGACAGGUGAGCAGUCUGGUCCUGUACGUGGAGGAGGCCCACAAGCUGCCGGUGAAGCACUUCACCAACCCCUACUGCAACAUUUACCUGAACAGUGUGCAGGUGGCCAAGACCCACCCUCGAGAGGGCCAGAACCCAGUCUUCACUGAGGAGUUCAUCUUUGAUGAUUUGUCGAGUGAAAUCAACAGGUUUGAAAUCAGCCUGAGUAACAAGACAAAGAAGAGCAAAGAAAGUGACAUCUUAUUCAUGCGUUGCCAGCUGAGCCGACUGCAGAAGGGCCAGAUGAUAGACGAGUGGUUCCCUCUGAGCUCCCACGUGCCUCUGAAAGGCAUCGAGCCGGGCUCCCUGAGGGUGCGAGCCCGCUACUCCAUGGAGAAGAUAAUGCCUGAGGAGGAGUACAGCGAAUUCAAAGAGCUGAUCCUGCUGAAAGAGUUCCAUGUGAUCUAUGCUCUGGCCCAUGUGUGUGGGCAGGACCGCACCCUGCUGGCCAGCAUCCUGCUGCGCAUCUUCAGACACGAGAAGACGGAGGCCCCCUUACUCAGGACACUCAAUGACAGAGAGAUCAACAUGGAGGACGAGGCGACAACCCUGUUCCGAGCGACCACGCUGGCCAGCACGCUGAUGGAGCAGUACAUGAAGGCCACGGCCACACCCUUCGUCCACCACGCCCUCAAAGACACCAUCCUUAAGAUCAUGGAGAGCAAGCAGUCCUGCGAGCUGAAUCCCUCAAAACUGGAGAAGAACGAGGAUGUGAAUCUGAACCUAGCCCACCUCCUCAACAUCCUGUCUGAGCUGGUGGAGAAGAUCUUCAUGGCUGCUGAGAUCCUGCCCCCUGUAAAUAGGCUAUCAUCUGUCAUCGACGAUGACGUCCCCAUCGACGAUGGCUGUCAAUCAUUAUCGUCACCCGAUGACAUCAUUCAUCGGCCCAACCCUAAUAAGACUCUAAGGUAUAUCUAUGGGUGUCUGCAGAAAUCAGUGCAGCAGAAAUGGCCGACCAACACCACCAUGAGAACCAGAGUCGUAAGUGGCUUUGUGUUCCUGAGACUGAUCUGUCCUGCCAUCCUCAACCCAAGAAUGUUCAACAUCAUUGCUGACCCUCCCUCUGCAACAGCAGGCCGUACCCUCACAUUGAUUGCCAAGUCUGUCCAGAACCUGGCUAACCUGGUGGAGUUUGGUGCUAAGGAGCCCUACAUGGAGGGUGUGAACCCCUUCAUCAAAAACAACAAACAUAGGAUGAUCAUGUUUCUGGAUGAGUUGGGGGUAGGUUACUUGUUUCCAUUUCUGUUAAGACACCGUUGGAAGUCUUUAGGAACCUGCAGACAGACAUGUGGCAGUUCUGUUCCAAUGUCUAGGUCAGACAUUAACAUGCGUGUCCUUCACAGAAUGUCCCUGACCUCCCUGAAGUUACAGAGCACUUUAGGACAGACCUGUCCCGUGACCUUGCAGCCCUGCAUGAGAUCUGUGUCUCUCACUCAGACGAUCUCCGCACCCUGAGCAACGAGAGGGGAGCACAGCAGCACGUGCUGAAAAAGCUGCUGGCCAUCACUGAGCUCCUUCAGCAGAAACAGGUUCACUAUGCCAUGUCCAACAGCAACAGGUAGUACAGCAUUCCUCCCCUCUCCAUCCAUCCCGCCUUUUCCUCGCACGGAGUUGCACACGGGAACCGACCAAGCAUGCUCCACUCAUCACCAUGGCAAUCCACCUCUCAUCUCCGAAAGCCCCGCCCACCAUCCUGCCAAAAUUUCCCAUGCCAUGAGAACAGCAGCAAACUGUUCAUGAUUCUGUAUGUAUCGUACCCCUUUUAUUACAAGGGUCAAAGAUUUUAUUUCAAAGCAAAGCGUCACAUACCCAAGACAUGUUUGCCAUCUCCAUUAUGAGGAAAGUCAAACCUGUUUCUUAUAACUGGAUUAUGAGCGAUAAUGCUUUUUAUACUGUAAUUUGACUGAUUCCUUUUAUGGUUGUGACAAUAUCCACAAAGUGCUGAAACUAGCAUUUCUUGUAUGUUUUUUUUUCUUUCUUUCAGUUUUAGUUUGGAAAUGUUAAUACAGAAAGUAUGUCAAAUUCUCUUGCUGGAAUCAUGAGUAUAUAAUUGAGACAAACUGAAUUGUUUUGUUUUCCAACUGUAUCAUGUUUGUUUAGUUCAGUCUCAAUGCCAGACAAGAUACAUAAUCAAAGAAACAGCAGUACAGAUUGUAUCAGACAUGCAUGCACUUAUUAAACUUUUUUGUAAAGUA